AGGGGGGUUUGCAGCUACGGGCUGAAGGGUCGCUUCAAAGAACCUGAAGUAAGUCCUACAGUGCACAGCGUGUGGUGCACUGACGGCACUACCCCCUACGGAGUUUUUUUUUUUUUUUUUGUAACUCACAUUUUAAUGUUUCUAAUCUAAUCGUCAUUAUUUAUCUCGCUCUUUUUCCAUUCUGGUAUGAAUCGUUGCUUUUAUCUUUGGUGCCUGAUCCACGAUCAUACGACUGCUAUCUUAUCUACAGCCUCGCCCUCAGUCUACUCCACUAGAAUGGAGUAGUCUGACUAUCGUGUGACUCCGAUGUCAAAACCACAGGGGCUCGUGCACUGGUUUUUUGGUAUCAGCUACGCCAUCGGGUACGUGAAGCCUUUAAUCCGCCCCUUCACUUUAUUUUGACCUUCACUUCGUCAGUUCUGUUCGAAGUCGUGUUGUGAUCCCAGUCUUCACAGUUCCCGAAUGCAAUUAGGCCUCUGCAGAAUUAUUCCAACAUUGGCCCAAGGAACAUCUUUAUCAAGACGCAAUGUUAUCCGGAAGUCAGCGGCCCCUGGGUCCUAGGAAGAUCACAUUGUUAAUAUCUUUGGCACUGAUGAUUCUCGUAGGAUUUAGUUAUUUUCAUCCCAAUGAGAGUUCCAUCCCAAACGUCAAAGAUCCUGAACCAGUAUCGCCUAUAAUCACAGACAACAAUUAUCAGGGUCUAAAGCAGGAUGAUCCAAGGUUGAUAUCCUACAUUCGCUCGCUCAUGCGUCCUCCAUCGACGGAGCCCUACCAUCUCUCCAGCCCAAAUCGGAAGCAUUUCACAGCAAUGGAGCAGUCAAAGUUCGUCGGUAACUUGUAUGGUCCAGGCAAGCGCGAAAGCUGCUUCUUCGUGGAGUCGGGGGUCUGAAUGGGGAGACAUCGAGUUCCACCCUGUACCUGGAGAGAGAAUUGGGGUUCAAGGGUCUGCUCAUAGAGCCAAAUCCCGCCAACUAUAAGCAACUGGUGAGCAAAAACAGGAAGGCCUACAGUCUGCAGGCGGCUCUCUCCCCUACAACAUCGUCUGCUGAACUUCUUUUCACAGGUUCGUGGCAACAAGGACACCUGACCAAGGAAGAAACCAAGAAGACGAUCCACGUCAAAUCCUUCCCCUUUUACUCCAUCCUUUCAGCUCUCGACGUCUCCUUCAUCGACGUCUUCAACCUGGACAUCGAAGGAUUCGAAUUCAAGGUUCUGAAAACGAUCCCCUUCGACAAGAUCAAACUCGGAAUCAUGAUCGUCGAACACGUGAAUCUUCCCGAACCCAAACCUGAACUGGUGAAGUUCAUGACCGACUUGGGUUACGAGAAAAUCCACGAAAACUCAAUGGACUACAUAUUUGCAGAUCCAGAUUACUUGAAAAAACUGCCGGGAUGGGAGCCAUCGUAGCAGAUUAUCUUUAUAAUUGAGGCGGUACAUUUAUUACCUCUUAGGCUAAGAAUUUAUCACUUGAAUGUGCAUAAUGUAGUUAAGUGUUUAUCAUCCUUAAGCUGCAUUUUGGGAGUAAAGUGUCUGCAUGUUCUAAGACAUCUUUUGAUACUAUUAAGCUUUCAAAGAAAUUUUAUGUAAUACUGUAGUAGAAUGUUUAUAAGUCUUAUGCUGUAAUUUGAAAUUAGACUGUCUGAAUAUGCUGCUAAAAACUACAUUUUUAUAUUAAGCAUACAAAGAAAAA